AACGAUGGGUGCGCGUGGGAAAGCCACCGGCUGGGAGCACGCGGGAUCUGCCGAGAAGGCGAAGGCAGCGCGCGAUGCGUGAUUCAACGCCCGGACAAACAUGACAGCCAAUUGAGCUCCAAUUUCGCCCUCGCCGCUGAGCUGCCCUCCUUCUCCGCCACCAUCACCAUGUCCCGCCAGCCGUCCCCCGGUCCUUCUCACCACCUCGCUCCCAUGCAGCCCAUGUAUCAUCCGCCCGGUGUCGCCAUGAACACCCAGUUCAUUGCGAAGCAGCGUAACAAGGCAAUCGUCUCCGGUAUCACCGCUGGCGUGGAGGACACAAAGUAUCAGAACAAGUACCGUGAGCUCAAGAAGAAGGUCAAGGAGAUCGAGGCGGACAAUGACAGGCUGUAUUUCAAGCUCCUUCUGGCCAAGAAAAAUAUCCGUCGCAUGAACCUUGAACGAGCCAUUCUCUAUGAACGGCUCGCCGCCGUGCCACCCACCCCCGGCAGGCAUGUGCAAGAACUCCCUCCCGAGCAGGACCCCAUCUUCCAUCAACACCCGCCCGCACCUCCCGAGCACGCUCGCGUGAUCGACGUCAGCGACCCUGCGCUCGUCGAAUACAUGCGCACCCGGCCGGAUGCGCGGCUCGUGCUCGGACCAGACGGACGCGUCGUCGCAGUCGAAGACGUGCCACCUGCUGCAGUCCCCAACGGUACACCUGCAGUGCCCUCACAACCGCCUCCGCACGGGCUGCCACUCGUGUACGGUUUUCGCCACGAUUCAGGACCGGGCUACGACCCGAAUCACCAGCUGCCACCCCUGCCCCCGAUGAUCCCUCUCAUCCAUCCCACGGCGGAAGCACCCCCGGACCUGCCCUCUCUCAACGAGCACCACGGCGCACCCUACCAGCCGGCGUACGCCCACCCGCACCCGCACCCGGACUCUUCCCACCAUCCGCGCUCAAGCUCGGCUCGCCCAGAUCUAGAUCCCAUGUCAGGCAGGGAUGCGAGGAUGGACACCCUCCCACCGGCGGCGCACGGCCAUAGCCACAGCGGAAGCCCGAGCGCGCCACCCGAAUCGCAAGGCGACCGGGGUCGGCGCCACGACGUGCAGGAGCUCGCCCACCCGCGCCCACACUCCCACACGCACGCGCCCCAGCCCACGCCCGCUCAGACCUCCGCGCAGAGCUUGCCCACAUCUGAGCCGUCGCACUCGCCCGCGAGCACGCGCGGCUCGGACCGCAGCGCGGGGCGCAUACACAAUCAUCAGCGCGUCGGGCCCGGCGCGAACAUCAACCGCGAGAUGACGGAGCGCGACUGGGAGCUGCGCCGCGAGCUCGAGUACCAGCGCGAGUUGGAGCGCGAGAGGGAGAGGGAGCGGGAGCGCGAGCUGGAGUACCGCUUGCGGCUGGAGCGUGAGGAGCAGGAGGCGCUCACGGCGGAGUGGAUGCGCCAGCAGCACGCGCAGACGGCCGCAACGAAUGCCAACUCAAGCCAGAAUCCGUCGCGCAGUGUCUCUCCCUCAGGCUCGCCGAUACAAAACCACGGAAGCCAAGGGAGUAGGGCGCCCUCGCGCCCGACGUCCGGCGAGGCCACGGCGUACCGUGACGACGGCGAGCGGGGACGGAGUAAGGCCCCGCGCGUGUCCAACCUGAUCGGCGUCGACCGCGAGCUCGGGUACGAAGAGCACAAUGGGGCUGCACGCGGCAGUGCCGCGGAGAUACCCGCUGCCACUGUGGAUGCGAGGAAGCGACUCCGAGGAGACGUGGAGAUGGGUGACGAGUGCGCCGGAGAAGGGCGCUCGCCCGCCGAGGGCAGCCGUGCGUCCUCCAGACAGGGCAACCGUGCGCCGGAGGGGAGGGCUGUCAAAAGAAGACACAUGGACGAUGGCGGCGGGGAGCUCGGCGCGGGCGAGCAGAGAGACGAGCCUAUGGAUCAGGACUAGAGUCGCACUG